GCGCCGCCUCCUCCUCGCCGCCCGCCCUGCUCUCCACCCUCGCUCCCCGCACACAGCCCGCCUCCCCCUGGUAAUCCUCUCUCCCUCUCCCCUCUUUCGCUCGCUCUCUCUCGCUCUCUCUGCAGCUGCUGGGGGAGCUGAGCCUCUCCUUGCAGAAACGACAUUUCCUUUUUGGAGAGCCUCGGGAAUUCUGGGUAGUGUAGUUCGGCUUCUGUCUCGGGUCCAGGUGGGCUUCUCCUCGUGCCCUUUGAACUCGGCAGGCUUUCCGGGGUUCAGGGCAGGUGGGGAAAGGUUGCGUUGCCCUGGCGUUCCUGGCCGCGGUGGGGCCUGGCUGGGUCAAACAGUGCAGAGCUCUAGGAGGCUCCAGGCUGGGAAGGUUGGGGGUGUGGGGAGAAGUUUGAGGAAAGGGACCCUGUUGCUCGCUCUGUACUAGGUCUCUUGGCACCCUGACACCUGACCAGACCUGUUGGGCCCUAACCCUGGUAAGCACUGUAGGAGCUUGUUCAUUUCAUUCACCAUCAGCCACCCCUGGGCAGGAGGCCUGUCUUGUGUAUUUCACAGGGCAGGAAUCCAAAGCUGGGAGAUUCCAAGACAUGCCCAAGGCCCCACCCAGGCAGGUGUCCCAGCUGAGACCUGGACCCUGAAGGUCUGUGUGAGAGGUUCAAAAGCGAUUUGACCCUGAGCAGGGAUGGGGAUCACUGUUAACCUCUCCAAGCAUCCUCAAACCAGUAGCCCCACCCCAACCUUGCAACUAUCUGCCAGAAAGGCCAAGUGGUUUGUGACAUCAGGAAACCUGGUAGCCACAUUAGAGCCAUGUUCUUCUGCCAUGACUUUUGUGCAGGUACCCUCAGAUAGGUGUUGGGCAGGUGGUUCCAGUCGCUCCCAAGCCAGAGCAUCUGGAGUGCCAGUGAGGACAGCUAUUGGAGGAGCAGAGGGUCCCGGCCACUUUGAGGUCUUUUCUUUGAGGGAUGAUCAGCCAGCCAAACAAUCCAUCUCAUACCAGCACCAGCUCAUCCACAGGCAAGAAGUGGCCUGUUAAGGUGGCCACUGCCUCUUGCCCAGCUGCUCCCCUGCCCUGGCCCUGCUUCCUGCCAUGGGCUCUCAGCCUGAAGAGGGGUCAGCCCUUUCCAGGUCAGCUAGUAGGUAGUUUAUUCCUAGACCCUCUGACUGAGACCAAGGUGGGGUGGCCCUCAUGACCUGAUUACUGCCAGAAGAUAGAACCCCAGACAGCACAGGCCUCCUAAGGACCCCGUAAAUUUCCAUUUCUGGGAAGAAGCUUUCCCUGGGCUCUUAACCCACAGUGUCCUCUACCUGCCAUGCACUCAUGGCCUCCACAAAACAUUCUGCUCCUCUGGGAUGCAUGUCGGCUGUCAGAUAAUUACUAUGCUAUUCAGUGUAUAUAUAGGUAAGAUAUUAACUUUUGGGGGGGGGUCCAUCUCAUCUGCCAACACCUUCAUCCCCACUGCCUGGAACAGAGCAGAGCCCAUGAGCCAGGGUGCCCCCUGAGGGCAGGGACACUGUCCUGGUGACAAGGAUAUGAAUGCCCCAUGAACAUAUGCUGAACUGCACAUCUUCUGACGUGAAAAGAACAGAGGCCAGAGCCUUAACCUGCGUGCUAAGUGGCCAAGCCCCCAGAGAUGAGUCCCUGGAGUCAAGUCCCCUCAGUGCUUCUUGGAAGUGAUAUUACACCCUGCAGCUCUGGGCUUGGCUGGCCUGGGUUUGCGAUAAUGAUGAUAAAGCACCCACUAUGUGUCAGUGCUGCUAAGCCAACAUUGUCUCCUUCCUUCUCCUUGACCCCGGGAGAUGAGCUGUACCAGCAGAGAGACCCUCGGAUCAGGGGACAGUGGCUUUCCAGGGUCUGGAUCCCCACUUAGAUCUGGACAAGUCCAAACCCACUUAUUUCCUCCUCCAGGCACACUGCCCUUGCUAGCUGGGGCCAGCCCCUCCAAGCCUGGAUGGAAGUGACACUAGAAAGCCCUGUGUCUGGCAAGUCCCACCCAAAGACUGUUUGGGUGCCCACCAGGUGAGGGCUCUUGCAAAAUAGAAGACCCCUGUCCUUCAGCCCCAGAGCUGCCUCCUCUUCCACAUCCUAAAGCAAUACUUUGUCUCGGGCCAGUUGGAGGGCCAGUUCUGAAGGGGGAGGGCCCAGGUAGCAACCGAGCACCUGUUUAUCAGGCUCUGACCUGAAGACCGGCUACCCCAGAGCCAGCCCCAACAGACAGAGGGUCUGAAAGGGCUUGGCUCAUGCCUGCAUCCCCUGUCCCGGCUCCACGCGGGCCCUCCAAGGUUCUGGCUGCUUCCCCAGCUCUCGGCCGCUCUGGCCUUCCUGCCUCCCCGCCUCCCCACGCAGCCCUUCUUCCUGCUCAGCAUUUCCUGGAGGCCCGUGGGUGUUGGGCACAGCCCCACGGCUGUCUCAGCAUAUGUGAAGGCCCAUCAUGCAACCACACGAGAGUGAAGCGCUGGCGUCUGCAGAACAGAGGAGUGGACAUCUGUUGGCGACGUGCCCAACACCACAUGGGCACUCAUACAGCCCCCCCCAGACCCCUCCCCCUCCCUCAGACCUCAGUCUCCCCAGGGUCCCCUGCUGUGAUGUCACCAGCAAAUGGGAAAGAGAGAGGUCAGGAUGAGGGACCCCAGCCCCUCCUUGGAGAUGGCGAAUUCCCCAGUGUGGCAACUUGGGAGCUCAAAGUGCUGUCAAGUGGGAGGACAAGGUCCUUCAGUUCCUAGCAUGUUGGCCCAGAGAGGCUGUGAAAACACAGAGUCACACAGCAAACCAAAGGCAGAAAGAACAUGAUCCCACCCAGCUGGGUCCAGGUCUGCAGAAAGAGCCAAUGCAGUAUCUCCUCGCUGAGCAUCGCUGUAGGCAGGGCUUUGGCACGCAUCACCUUCAUGGCACUCCACAGGGAUCCUGUGAGCCAGUCCUGUUACCCUCCCAUUCCACAGAUGAGGACAUUGAGGCCUGGUGAAGAGGGAGGUGUGGAUUGAACCCAGCUGCCUGGCUCCGAGACCCAGAUGCCAGGGGAUUCAAUGUAGUGGGAGCUCUCACCAGCAAUCCCUGCAGGUGUGGGGACCUCAUUUUUAUGGCCAACAGAGACAGUCUCAAGUCUCCUUCUCCUUCAUGGGCCAACAUCUCAGGGCCAUAGCCAUCCUCCAGGAGCUCUCGGCCUCCUAGGGUGCAGUCAUCAUGAGACCGGACAGGCAUUUCACAGGUAGGGAAGAGCCCUUGCUCUGCAGAUGGAAAUGAUAAGUGCUGGAAUUCUGUUGCCCUGGGAGACGAGAUUCUCUCCUUAACUGUUUAGGACUAGACUGGAAGCCAUGGUGAGGUUUUAAAUGUCCACUUGGGAGAUGGGCAGGCAGGGUUGGAGGGCCCGGAGGGUGGCCGGAAGGGGAGGAUUGAGCGACGAGGGGGCUGUGGCCCGACCACCUGGCAUCACUGACGCACUUCCCCUCUGCAGUGAGCGGGCGCCCUGGGCCGACCUAGCACAGGCCGGACCGCAGAGAGGGCUGGUCCCACAGCCUCCCUUGCAGAUGGGGAACACAGGUCAUCCAGGGAGGGCUCUGGCACUGGAACGCAGGUCUCCUAGCCCCAGAUCUGUGAUAGGCUCCCUCUCCACGGAGGGGCAGUGGUGUGGCAAGGGGGAUGGCUCAGGGCCCUGCAUAAAACCAGGUGUCUGGGAUGGCCACAGGUCUUUCCAGCCAGAGGUUCAGAAGUACAUUUCUUCCAGGGCGUGUUAGGUUGGGACUGAUCAGCUGGCCUCCCCACACUCACUUGCAUGUAUUCCUUCCCCAGUAUUGACUGGACGCCUGGGCUGGGUACUCAGAAGACACAGGGAACACAGCCAGGACCUAGACAGACGGCAAGUCAUGGUGCCCACGGCACUAGCAUCCCCACAGGCCAGAGAGAUGCCAAGGAAUAACUCCGACAAUGGUGAAUGGAGGUUUCACCUCCUCCAAGCCUCAGCUUGCUCAUCUGUGAAAUGGGGAUGACAUCAUGACUUCCAAGGAAGGGCCCAGGAUGAGGCAGCACAAGUCCUCAUGGCUACACCCAGGAGGGUGGAAUGUGGCACCAUCUGGGACGUCCUUCUCUGUGGCUGCAUGGUCUGAGUGGAACACUCUGGAAGAAGAGUGCCAGGGACUCCACAAGGAACCCCAGACAGAGCUCCUGUGUCUGGCUUCACACCAGCCAGGCUUGAAGGCUCAUUAUGUGGCUGCGACCCUGCUCAGCAUCUUACAAGCAUCAUCUCAUUGACCUCACAACAGCUCUUGGGAGGUGGACACUAGUAUUCCCAGGUUACAAGUGGAAAAGAUGAGGCUCAGAGAGGCCAAGUGACUUGCUCAAGGGCCCACAGCUAGUUGAUGGCAGAGCCCCAGGUCAUCCCCCAUCUGUCUGACUCUGGACCCCCUGGGUUGGUCCCCUGUGACCAGAGAGCAUUCACCCCCAUCCCAGGCAGCUUCCUGUCCUUCGUGGGAGGCUGUGGGGUGGGUCUGGGGCUUCAGGGGUGAGCUCCAUGCUUGGAAGGACUCCUGCCUUCACCCCGGCUGGGCAGACAGGCCUUGGCUGCUGUGAGUCACAGGACCGGGGCAUUCACCCCUGACUCUGUGUGUUGCCCUAAACCAGUGGCUUCCCUUGGAGACCAGGCCCAGUCAGCCCUGUGGAGACUGGCUUCCUGCAGUCAUCCAGGUGGGUGCAGGGAGGCCUGACUCCAACCCCAAAUCCUCAGCUGGGCCCUCUUGGCCGCCCCUCUCUGGGGUUGCAGCCUCUCUUGCCCCCGUGCCACACGUUGUGUAGGCUCUCCCCUGCCUGGGGCCUCUCACCUGCUCUACCUUCCGGGGGAAAGCCCUCCACGACUCCCAGGCCAGGCCUGGGCCCUGUUCUGUGAUCCUGCAACACACCUGCACACUUGCAAACAUUCUCACGUGUCAUUCUUUUAAUCUCUGCUGAACAAGGAGCUUCCCAGGGACGGGGACCCUGUCUGUCCCAUUCGCUGCAGUACUCCAGGCACAGAGCACGGGGCCAGGAGCUCAGUAACUGUUUCUGGGUUUCCUGAAGCUGCUGUAGUGCUCCAGUCCUUCUCAAAACUCUGGGCAGUGGAGGCAGCCUCCAAGGGGCAGAUCCAUUACCACCAAUUAAUUACCCCUCCCUCUAAUGGAAAUCAAGUCUUCCAUUUGAUUGAACUGUGCAGGCACCGAAGCCAAAUUCAAGACUGAUUGCAAAUUUAAAAAGCCCCAGCCCACCAGCUUACUGAGAUGCUGUCACAGAGGGGAGGGGCUGGGCCUGGCCACAGUGGACCCAAGAUGAUGCUUUCAGUGACGUCAUUCACUCCAUCUGGUGCCCGGAGAGGCCUUUGGCCUGGACUCCACUGUUUCGUUUGUGGGACCGAGUCCGAGCUGCCCAGGCCAGUGGGGCAGGCAGGCCUGGCCCCCAGGGGUCUGGCUUGCUCAGAGGGCUUGGUCAAAGCAGGGGAUAGCACCUGGGGGCUGGCAUCUGGGCCCCUGGCCCCAGGCACAGCCGAGGCCGGAGCAGCAGGAGGACUACAUUUCCCAGAGUCCCCCAAGCCCGGGGAGUGAGCCAUUGGAAGAUUUAAAUAGCCCAGGCCUGAGGCUGCCAGGCCGCAGCUGUGGACUCGUCCGCCUCCCGGGUGGCUCCAUUGGUGCUGGCCCGCACUGGGGGGCUCGAUUGGCUGCCCAGCUGGCACUGACAUCCCCCCCGAGCCUGGUGGCAGCCGGAGGUAAACAGCAUGUGCAGUCCUGCACUCUAUAUUUAACAGCUGCCGCAGAGCAGGCAGGGAGGCAGGGCGUAGUGGCGGCUCCCUCCCGGGCUCGCGUCUUUGGGGAGAAGGCCCUCACAGCCAGGCUGGCACCGGCCCUCGCCGUGUGAGCAUCGCCAUGCCUGCCUCCCAGAGCAGGGCCCGGGCCCGGGAUCGCAACAACGUCCUCAACCGGGCCGAGUUCCUGUCCCUGAACCAGCCCCCCAAGGGGACCCCGGAGCCCCGCAGCUCCGGCAGGAAGGCCUCAGGCCCCUCGGCGCAGCCCCCACCCCCUGGGGACGGGGCCCGCGAGCGGCGCCAGUCACAGCAGCUGCCCGAGGAGGACUGCAUGCAGCUGAACCCCUCCUUCAAGGGCAUUGCCUUCAACUCCCUGCUGGCCAUUGACAUCUGCAUGUCCAAGCGCCUGGGGGUGUGUGCCGGCCGGGCCGCGUCCUGGGCCAGCGCCCGCUCCAUGGUCAAGCUCAUUGGCAUCACGGGCCACGGCAUCCCCUGGAUCGGGGGUACCAUCCUCUGCCUGGUGAAGAGCAGCACGCUGGCCGGCCAGGAGGUGCUCAUGAACCUGCUUCUGGCCUUGCUGCUGGACAUCAUGACGGUGGCCGGCGUGCAGAAGCUGAUCAAGCGGCGAGGCCCGUUCGAGACGAGCCCCGGCCUCCUGGACUACCUCACCAUGGACAUCUACGCCUUCCCCGCCGGGCACGCCAGCCGCGCGGCCAUGGUGUCCAAGUUCUUUCUCAGCCACCUGGUGCUGGCGGUGCCCCUGCGCGUCCUGCUGGUGCUCUGGGCUCUCUGCGUGGGCCUGUCGCGGGUGAUGAUCGGCCGCCACCACAUCACCGACGUCCUCUCGGGCUUCGCCAUUGGCUACUUCCAGUUCCGGUUGGUCGAGCUGGUCUGGUUGUCCUCCAACACCUGCCAGAUGCUCAUCUCUGCCUGGCCGGGCCCAGUCCUGGGGACUGCCCCACUCGGCUUCUGCCCUGGAGAUAACAGGCGAGCACCAAGAUGGCAGGAGGGGUGCCGAGUCGUGUCUUGUCCUUCCAUCGUCAUGACUGUUGAGUUCUUGGCUCUGCUCGCCUCCCCACAGCACGACGCCCAGCGAAAUACCUGCAACCCAGCACCCAACACAGAUGCCCUUGCCAUUAAUGGUCGUUGAUAGCCCAAGGGCAGCACCUUCCAAAGGGCGCCCCUCCAGACACCAGCCUGCAGGAUGCUUUGGGAAGAAAAAUGGUUUUGUGGUCAAAUAAAUUUGGGAAAUGCUGCAUACUCUGUUGGGUGUUCAUGAGGGCCGUUAUUGUAGUAAAGGCUCUGACAAGUCCUGUAGAAAAAGCUUCCUGGCGAACCUUGUUUAACCCACGUUUCCUGCACUUACUUGACCACGGAACCCUUUUCUCAUGGAACAGCUAUUAACACCCCCCAUCAAGGAACUGGGUUUCCUCAAGUGUGUUCUGGGAAUGGCUGCCCAGGAGCAGAAGAGCCUGAGGCAUGAGCUGGCCUCUCCCAGCGCUGGGCCCCAGAGUCUGGGGAGACCAGGUGUCCAUGCCACUGCCUGCGGAAAGCCCACAGCCACGGGCAUUGGUGCCGCUUUGGCCCCCAGGGGCCGGACUCCGUGUGACCUAAUAGGUCGUUUCCAAGUCAGCCGUUCUGGAUGUGCAUUUCAUGUGACAAUACAGAUGAUGUACAA